ACCACACACCGAAUUUUCUUUCAUUUAGGCGAUCUAUAUAUAUCUAUAUCUUAUAUCUUAUAUCUAUUUUAAAUAACUUAAGGCCGCUAAAAUUUGGGGGGGAACAGCCUUCGCCCUGGAGCGGUGCGCGAUGCUGUCUCACGCCGACCUCCUGGACGCCCGUCUCGGGAUGAAAGAUGCGGCCGAGCUGCUGGGACACCGGGAGGCGGUGAAGUGCCGGCUGGGCGUAGGGGGCUCGGAUCCGGGGGGACACCCGGGAGACAUGGCCCCCAACUCGGACACGGUGGAAGGGACCACCCUGCUGCCGGGAGAGGACAUCACCACGGUGGGAUCCAAUCCCAGCUCCUUGGCCGUCAGCGCCAAAGACGCCGACAAGCAGCAAGGCCAGCAGGGCGGCCAGAACCCCAGCCAGGCGGGACAGCAGCAGGGCCAGCAGAAGCAGAAGCGGCACAGAACCCGCUUCACGCCGGCGCAGCUCAACGAGCUGGAGAGGAGCUUCGCCAAGACCCACUACCCGGACAUCUUCAUGCGGGAGGAGCUGGCCUUGCGCAUCGGCCUCACCGAGUCCCGGGUGCAGGUGUGGUUCCAGAACCGCCGGGCCAAGUGGAAGAAGCGCAAGAAGACGACCAACGUCUUCCGCGCCCCGGGCACGCUGCUGCCGACGCCGGGGCUGCCGCAGUUCCCCUCGGCCGCCGCCGCCGCCGCCGCGGCCAUGGGCGACAGCCUCUGCUCCUUCCACGCCAACGACACGCGCUGGGCCGCCGCCGCCAUGCCCGGGGUGUCGCAGCUGCCGCUGCCGCCGGCGCUGGGCAGGCAGCAGGCCAUGGCGCAGUCCCUGUCCCAGUGCAGCCUGGCGGCCGGGCCGCCGCCCAACUCCAUGGGGCUCUCCAACAGCCUGGCGGGCUCCAACGGCGCCGGGCUGCAGUCGCACCUCUACCAGCCCGCCUUCCCCGGCAUGGUGCCCGCCUCGCUGCCCGGCCCCAGCAACGUGACGGGCUCGCCGCAGCUCUGCAGCUCCCCGGACAGCAGCGACGUGUGGCGGGGAACCAGCAUCGCCUCCCUCCGCCGCAAAGCACUAGAGCACACAGUCUCCAUGAGCUUCACCUAA